AUGAGCCGAAUUGGUCGGAGUAGUGCACUGAAACUGAAAGGAAUGGCUCUCAAAAAUUCAUUCAGGAAAUCAGUCAUCGAGUUCGGGUGGUUUCGAACAGCUCUUGCUUCUGAAUGUGUAUAUAGCGCGCUUGGUGUACUGGAAUUGUUGCGGCAGAGGGGCACUGGAUUACGGCAUCUGAGGAAUGAACAGUUUACAGGUCAAGUAAUUCCAGUUGCAGUUGUUAUCAGUGUUAUCACUGCGAGCGUAGUUCAUGCUCGUGCUCUCAACUCAUUGUUCCCGUGUGAUCGCGUUGCUUCGUUUCAAUGUGAACCGGUGCCUUAUAGCUGGAAAGUGGACAUACUGUAG